UCGAUAAGAAAUAUCAAUACAGGGAAAAUUCCAACAGGGUCCUCUGAUUCGUGUGGCAGGAUUAAAACCAGUCCGGAACAUUAUAUCAUGGCGAUAUUCUUAACCAGAUCAGAAUUCCAUGCACUUUAGAAAGAUAUGCUGGAGGUUUGGGAGUUUGUCCUGAUUUUGGUUGGGGUAGAGGCCCUCGUUGGAAUUGUAGCGGGUGUUGUUAUAUGGAGAAAGCAAAAUACCAAAAAAGCAGAUUGUGAGUUUCAGAGAGAUCUACUGGACGAACUUUCUGAAGAUGCAAUUCUUGACGAUUUGUACGAGGCAGACGAUGUAGAAGUCGGGGUACCGCCACAAAACUACCAACAAAAUGACGCCAUUCAACUAAAGACCUUCCGCCAACUGAGCAAUGUUUCCGACUUCCGGGAAGUGACCUCAGAGGAACCAAGAACUCGGAGAACCAGCAUUCUAAGUGAAGUAGCUUUACCUGACGUUGAUCCGCGCCCCGCGCCGAUGAUAAUUGCUGCCAAUGACAGUGUAUUUUACGGAAAUGAAAACGAUGUGCGCCCUCCGUCCUAUCACACAAGAAUGUCGUACGAUCAUUUUGAUAUUGGCGAAGAAUUGACUCCUGUCAACACACCUAGCCCGACAAGACUUAGAAGAACAUUGGCCAUCACUGAAACACCAACAGGAAGUCUUUCACGACCUAAAAUGGGCGAUCCCACACCAUUUUCUUUUUUCUCGGAGAAGACGGAUAUGUCAACAGUUAACGGAGAAUUAAAGAAGCCAUUGUGGGAUUCAGAUAGUCACACAACACCCGGCGACCCCGGGUACUAGAGAUCCGGUGCAACCAUUUGAUUUGAAUCGAAUGCAGAGAAAAGGUCUUGUUUGGAAAGUGUGUAGAUAAACAGAGCUACAUGUAUAUAACAUAAAUUUACACGUAUUUCAUGUUUCCUGCAGCUGUAUCUUUAUAGAAUAGUAAAUCAGGACAAUUGGGCUUUAGGAAUAAUUCCUGAAAAAAAUUGAGCGUUGUCUCUCCCAAGUGAAAGUACAGAAUUGUGCAUAUCCAACUGGGGGUUGUUAGAAAUCUGUAGUUUCGUCAUUUUUCUUUUUAAAAAAAUACUGAAACACAACUUCAUCUGUAUUAAUAUAUUCAAAAAGUUAACUUAGUAAUCUAUUGACAUCGAACAUUUAGAGUUAUUGUGUAGAGACACUUGAGAACUCCAGUCUACAUAAGUGGUUUUGUUCUUUCGUUUAUGACACAUUGCCUUUGCGUCUAGGAUAUAGUUCCAAAGUACACUGGAUAGGAAACAAGUUCUAAUAACUUUUAAGUUCUCUACCACUUUAAAUGAUCCCCCCGAAGACAACCCACUUGAGAAUGCACCCCAAAGAUUCGGUUUUAAAACUUUCAUUGAAUAACUAACUAUAGAGCAUUGAAAAGGUUCAUACUUGUAAAUACUAAUCUUAGAACGACCUUAAAUAGGUGCUAUUUAUUCCAGGGUCUUCUUUUUAUUCAAACUUGUGCAGUUUGAAAGGAUUGAUCACGCAAUGCUUUUAAAAUCCCAUAUGUCGAAUAUAAAAACUGGAAGUUUUCGAUAAAACUUGAAUUGCUAAUUAGAGAGUGCGUUUUUAUGGCAUUCAGUAUAGCUUAGAUUGUAGAAUGAAUGCAGCUAAUUAAAAUGAGUUAGCUUGUUACACACUUUCGCUAAGAUUCAAUGGUCCUUUGUGUUAUUUUCGACAUAGUGGAAGAAUCAAUGGCAGACCAGAGGUAUCUUUGAAAUCGCCGGGUUUUUUUAUGGAACACAUUUUUAAAAAAAAUAGUUCCAAAACUAAACCACAAGAACUGAUUCCAUUAGACAUUUAUUUCCGGUGGAUUCAACCGCCCCUCUUUUGGUCCAAAUAUUUUAGUUAUGGUAGUGAUUGUCAUCUUGAUAUUGGUGACAUCCAUCUGUAAACAAUUUAUCACUGAACACUUAACAUAAGUUUACUAGUUUUAAAUCCAAAACGUUUCCGUUUGAGUGAAUCUGUUUUCAUCACUUUAUGUGAAUCUGUUGCAAUUACUUCAACUGCUUCAAUAAAAUGCUCCAUGCCA